GUCGUUCGUGUAAGACAGACGGGUGUUUCCGUUGCAAAGUGCCGCUGGCCACGAUCAAAGCGCGAGAAGAAGGUUCGAUACAAUACAUCAAUUGGGUAAUGUCUUAAUUCUGUUCUUUUUGGCCUCGUACAACGUUAUCAACCGUCGUUAGUGCAGUUUUCUGAUUGCAAGAAUAGAAAACAACUAAAUGGAAGUGUACACCACGGACCGGAAUAUAGAGGUUAAGAGUACGGCGCAGAAGUCUGUGGGGGUCGUUCCGCGAUUCGAAUCGGCACAAGUGGCACGAAGGAACAGAAGCGCAAAGACUUCUCUGGCGCAAGGCAAAUAGGGAGUCCGUUGGCCGUUGGUGCAAAAGUUUCCGGUGGUUCCGCGUAGGGCGAAAGUUGGGAAGCGUAAAAGUGUGUGUGGUUUUGAUCCUUUCGCCGGACGCACAAUAUAGAAUACAGUUCCUCCCUGUGCGCCACAAUGGCACGCCAUAUAAUGGCGGUGUGUGUCGUGUGUCUGCUGUGUGCGGACCACGUACCGUGCAAACAGCACUUCAUCGACGAUGGCUCCCCGAAUGGGGUUGGUGGAAAAGUGUACGAUCGGGGAGCCACCUUCACGGGUAGUCCAAAGUUUACCGUUCAACGACGACCGUCAGAUGAUCCUUCGAGCGAGCCGGCUGCGAUCGCUCAGCAGGAAGCAGUACAUCGGUUAGUCAAACGCCAUCAACACCACCACCACGACGGCGAGGACGAUCACGAGGAAGACGAACGAUCGGCCGAGCGGACUGAGUUCGAGGAGCUGCUGAAGCCGAAGGUGCAGCAGUUUGUGGAGAAGAUUUUCACCGAAUUCGGCAACCCGGACACCAUGACGAUGGACGGAAAGGGAUUCGAGCGGAUGAUGCAUCGGUUGGGUUUGUAUCAGUUGGUCGGUGGAGAUGCGGGCACGCUGUCCCCAUCAAUCGGCAGCACAGCACCCGGUGGUACGAUCGACAGUGAGCGGCGACGGGAGGAUGCAUCUAAAUGUCUAAAUAGCAGUGAAUUUCUGCGGCGUGUAACCGUGGCAAUGGUACCGUCACAGGAGUGGCAAAAGGACGACCACAGCAGCAGUAGUGGUAACGCCUCGUUGGACAGCAGUGGCGCGGAUGGGAACGUUACACUAGUAGACAGUAAGGAUCGUAGGAUACACAAUGUUAGUACCGAUAGCAAUAGUACCACCACCAGUGACAAUGCCGGCCACGAGGUGCUAGUGAACGGUAGCAACACAUCGAACAGUUCGCAAAAGCUGCCGAUCGUUGCGGCGUCGUCUGCGAGUGUGUUUGAUGCUCGUGAUCUGUACAAUGUGUGUCCUCUGCUGCUAACGCAGCUUCUGUCCAGCGAACCACUAGCACGGGCAGGGUGUAUCGAAGCAGACAGUGUUCCUACGCUGCAGGCGAGCAGCCACAAUCAUCAUCAUCAUCAUCAGCACGAUCACGUAGAUGACUCGUACGAUGCUGCCGUGUGGAUCUACUCGUCGCUCGCGAUCCUGGGCGUUAGCUUGUGCGGCUUGCUCGGCGUCGUCGUGAUACCGUGCAUGGAUAAACACUUCUACCACCAUGCGCUCCAGUUUCUGGUAGCCCUGGCAGUUGGUACGCUGUGUGGGGAUGCCCUGUUGCAUCUCCUGCCACACGCGAUGAUGUCGUCCGUUCAUUCACUAGCGACGGCACACGAUCAGAUGAUGUUCAAAGGGCUGGCGGCAGUGCUGGGGAUCGUGUUUUUCUACUUCAUGGAACGCCUGCUCACGGUGAUCGCCGAGUGGUACAAGAACCGGGAGAAGAAGGACAAACCCUCGUCCCGGGUGCGCGUGAUGCGCGACCCAGAAUCGAACUCGCUGCACCACGGUUCGGGUGGUGGUGAGAAGCAGUGCAAGCACAAGUACAGCUCCUAUCCGUACUGCUACGAUGAGAUCGCGAUGGACACAAAGGACGAUCAUCACGAGCACAACCAGGUGAACGAGAACCACAACAGCGCGCUGGCCAAGUGUGCAAACAGUCACGGCGAGCAGCACACCGCGGACCACGGCAGCAAUGAGUACGGCGCAUUGAACAACCACAACAGCUCCUCGGUGGCGGCACACAGCAACAACCAUCGCCACUCGGUGAACCGCGAAGACACGGUCAACAAUAGCUGCAGCAUCGAUAACAACACCGUUUCCACCAACCUGGAUGAUGGUUCGAUCGAGAGCAGCGAGCAGCAGCAGCAGCAGACCCACAACAAGGUGGAGGCGACGGAAACGCAUCGGCACGAGAACUACACCAUCAUUCUGCGUGAACACGAAACCAAACAUCAUGGCCAUUCGCACACCCACGGGCACGUCCAUUCGCCGCCCGGGUCGCUAUCGGCCGUGGCCUGGAUGGUUAUCAUGGGCGAUGGGUUGCACAAUUUCACCGACGGCAUGACGAUCGGGGCUGCGUUUGCGAACAACAUUGCCGGUGGGUUUUCGACCGCGAUUGCCGUGUUCUGCCACGAGCUGCCGCACGAGCUCGGCGACUUUGCGGUGCUACUGAAGGCUGGUAUGUCGGCAAAGGAGGCCGUCUACUACAAUCUGCUGUCGUCGCUGCUCAGCCUGUUCGGGAUGAUUGUCGGCAUCAUGGUUGGUCACCAGCCGGAGGCGUCGGCAUGGAUUUUUGCUGUCGCCGCCGGGAUGUUCCUGUACAUUGCGAUGGUCGAUAUGAUUCCCGAACUUACUUCAUCGCACGGGGCCGAAGAACGGUGUAAAUUGUCUGAGUUUGGGCUACAGUUUCUCGGGCUGACGGUUGGUUUCGGUAUUAUGAUGGUAAUAGCGAUGUACGAACACGAUCUGAUGGAGCUGUUUGUUCACUGAACGGAUCGAAUGCAUGAACUAGUAGCGCACGGACUAUGCACUUUUGCAUUUUCUUAAACAUCUUCCGCCAGCGUGCAGAGUGUGUUUGCGAGUAGCAAUGACAUGUUGUAAAACGUAUGGUCGUGAAGAAUCAAUCUUCGCAUAGGCAAAGUAAAAUAUGGAAUUUAUAAGUUAUGGCUACGGAAUGUUGCGCGAUAAAAUGAUCCUCGCAGGCGGAAGCAUCCGCCGGUGUCUGUAACUUGAAAUAGUAAUCUUUCUCUCCUGUCAAAUAGUGACACGGAAACACACGACAUCAUCCCGCCCACCCAUCAUUGCAAUUGUACAGUACACACGGGCUUUUUUGAAUUAGAAACACUUACAAAAAGGAAGCAGCUACCCUCACUAAUAUCUCCUGUCUUUGUCGCAAAACAUGGCGUCGACGAUGGUAACAUGUAACGGAAGCGUAUGUUCUAGUCUAGUUUGGUAGGCAGCGUCCGGUUCCGGUCUGCCAUCUAGAAGAGACUUGCAAGGCGAAGGAUUGAUGGCUGCACGAUCACGUAGGAUCAAGUGGCAUUUUGAAGGCGGUAAAAAUUGCACAGCAAUCAUUAGUCGCAACGAUGAUAGGAAGUUGUAUCAAAGAUAUAAAGACAGCAAAACUAUCAUGGUUUUUCUAUCCUACACAAAAUGUGAUCGCUUCGGUAUGCUAGGUGUUGGGGAGGGAGCAACGAUCAGUAUGUGCGAGCAGCAAGAAAACAAACCAAACCUGAACUGAAAUUAAAUACGUAUGGCACGCAAACGUUGUUUCUUUUUUUGUCUCAGUUAUGACCAAACAUUUUCUCGCUACCUUUCAUGUAGCUUGCACACACGCCGCGAUCGUGGCGUGCGGCAUAGGCACCGCAAACACUUGAUAACGCGUUAAGCGCUGUAGAGCCAUUGGCGAUAGGUUUUCGAAGCUGUUUAGGUCCGGAAGCAAUUAGCAACACCUGUGUCGAUUAUAUCGUAGAUAUGGAGAAAAGUAUUACCACACUCGUUCGUACUGGUGCACGAAAGUUGACCGAUUUUGCUAACGGUGUUCGACGACAUGUAUCCUUCGUUCCGGCGCAAGACACACGACGACUGAUAGAGAAGCAUUUUCGUUUGAUUAGUAUAUCUACUGCUUAUUUUCUAAUAUCAUACCACGAAAAUAAAAGGAACCAAUUCGAGGAAGACGAGGAAUAUUUUAAAUCAAUUGUACUUUUUUAAAUUUCUACAUUCUGCUACAUGUUUUGCCCUUGUCGCGGCGUUGGGUCUGCAACUGAUCGCAGCGUAAAUAAACCCCAUCUUCCGAUGUAGAUAGAAAGAGACACGGAUCAAUGAUGGAUCAACCAUACACACGCAGCAUUACUAGACUCGCAUAGAGGUAACGGUUAGGAACGUAAGACUAGAAUCUCGGAUGUGUUCUACAUCUGUACAUGAACUAAAAAACGAUCAGCUUCCUACACAAUUUACACAAAAUGUUCCGUGCGUCUUUACUCUGUGGUUGGUUUUUGCUGGAGUAGGUUAGUCACUAGCAGCACUCUGCAAUGGCACGAGGAACGAGGAAAGGCAUUCUUAAUGUGCUUAGUUUACGCUUUGUCCGGUUUGUGGUGCGUUUCAUGGAGGUUCCAUUGUGUCCAGCGUAUCAGGAACAACGAAUGGUGCAGAAAGCAGCCGCAAAGCAAGUAUCAUCAUUUUAGUUUAGCUCCUAAGUAGAAUAACAAAUUUUGUGUAAAAUUUAGUGUUCGAAUGUUUUCUAAUUUUGUUUUCCUUCGACAACGCUAUCGGGAACUAUGGACAGGCAAUAAAGAUCAUGUUUGAGAGC